AUGGCCUACCAAGGCAUGGGAGGAGGCAACGGCCUCAGAUCCCCGCGCGAAGAGCAGUCGUUCCUUUCCCUGAAUCGCGCCGCUCAGAACGGCGAUGGCCGCGCGACCCUGCAGCGCCGCUUCACGACCAACAACAUUCCGACCAUGAGCACGCCUCUGUCGCCGAUCGGACAACAACGUAGACAAGCGGCAGAGCCGGCCGAGUUUACUACAGCGACGUACCACAAGCUCCAAGUUCUUGAGAGAAAACGGAUUGAACACGAGUAUCUCAAAGAAGCAAAACGGCGAUUCGACGCUGAGAUGGAGCUCCUCAACUUGCAAGCCCAGCACGGCGAGAGUGACAACAACCGAUUCUCGGCUGAUGCUCACUACGGCGGACCUGCGCAUAGCCAGCCCACUACCCCGCCCGAGUACAACGAGAGCAACGGGUUCCCGUCCGCUUUGUCGCGUCCGAACCGUUUCAGCAUGUCCAGUAUCAACCCGGGUAUGACCACACGCGGUAGCCGUGCCAACUCCCAGGUCACUUCCCCUCCCGCCAACUUCCAGAGCAACGGCAACUUGCCUUCGCACUCGAUGCCAGGAUCCCGUCGCAACUCUGAGGAGGAGCACGACGACUUUGAGAACGACGACUUUACUCCUCUGAGUCCGGCCGCGCGCAAGAACAACCGUAUGUCCAUGCCAGUUACUAGAAUGGACUACGGCAACCGCGGAAAUCUUCCAGAUGUGGGCUCGCUUCUUGGUCAUAUUGAUACUGCCGGCUUCUUGUUUGGUGAUGACGCAUCAGCUGCCACUCAAGAUCAGAAGGCUUUCCUCCAGAUGGGUAAUACCAAGGACGACUUCCCAGUCUUGGUCCGCCGCGAUGGUGCUGGUAAUGGUACGAACCUCUCUGCCUCUUCCGCUGCACUUGAUUUGGCCCUUUCACAGUCCCCUGGCCCGGAUGCUCAGUCCACUGCUUGGAACGGACACCGUCAUCGUCAGGCUCAACAGUCCCUUCCUGCUAACACUUUCCGUAAAGCUUCUCAGAUGGACGACUAUGAGUCCGGUCGAUCCAACGGCGCCGAGACUACACCCAAGAACAACCGUCGCUCGGUCGAGUUCAGCUUCAGCCCCAAGGCCAACGAGUCCAAGCGCUCCAGUUACGGCGGCCCGACCAACGGCAUGCCCAAGUUGACUCAGUCGUACUCAACAAACGACGUUCCGACCCUGAAGAAUGGAGCGAACGGCGCCAAUAGUAUCGGUUUCACGCACUCGCAGCAGUUCCACAACCACAACGCUAGCCUUGGUCGCAUUCCAUCAAAUGUCCUGUCCAACCGUAACAGCCGCGACCUCUCACUCGGUAAUCGCGAGUCUGAGUACCGUUCUCCGCAGUCAGGCUUGCACGCAAGCGCUGCACCUUUCGGUCCUGGUAUGACUUCAGCUGCCAACGGCAACGGCGGAGUCUCGUCGACUGUCGGUUCACCAGCCAUGUCACAGUACUCGAGUGUUUCCGCUGCCAACCCAGGAUACUAUGGAUACGGUAUGAACAUGCUGAACGGUGCUUUGAAUGGUCUCAACCUUGGAGGUGGGCCCGGUCCUCAGUACGGUGGACCCACUGCUUACGCUCCCACCAACAUGUACGGUAACGGACCGUCGCAGUACAACCCAUACGCUACCUAUGGCCCAGGCGGUCGCGUACAGGACAGCCAGGCUCGCGUCAUCCAGAGCCGUCGUCUGCAGAACGACGCCAACAAGUACAUGAACUACGAUCUGAAGACCAUGCCCCGUCAUGAGAUCUACAGUCUGUGCAAGGAUCAACAUGGUUGUCGGUUCCUGCAGAAGAAGCUCGAGGAGCGCAACGCGGAGAACAUCCAGAUCAUCUUUGAUGAGACUGCCCCUCACGUCGUUGAACUCAUGACUGAUCCUUUCGGCAACUACCUCUGCCAGAAGUUGCUGGAGUACUGCAACGAUGAGCAGCGCAACACUCUUGUCCGCAACGCUUCUCCUGCGAUGGUUCAGAUUGCGUUCAAUCAGCACGGCACUCGCGCUUUGCAGAAGAUGAUCGAGUUCAUCUCCACCGAUGAUCAGGUAUACUAUGACCCUCGGUAUUAUCCCGCUCCCGAGCUAAUCCGUCCCCAGACUCAGAUGAUCAUUCACGCAUUGUCUGGACAGGUUGUCGAUCUCAUCCAGGAUCUGAAUGGCAACCACGUCAUUCAGAAGUGCCUGAACCACCUCAAGUCUGUGGAGGCCCAGUUCAUCUUCGAUGCUGUAGGCGAGAACUGCAUCACUGUUGGUACCCACCGCCAUGGAUGCUGUGUUCUACAGCGUUGCAUUGAUCACGCAGUCGGUUUCCAGAAGGUCGAUUUGAUCCGCAAGAUCACUGCCCACAGCUUCCACCUUGUGCAAGAUCCAUUUGGCAACUACGUGGUUCAGUACAUCCUCGACCUCAACGAUGCGGCCUUCACGACCCCCAUGUGCCAGGGCUUCCAGACCAAGAUUUGCGAGCUGUCCAAGCAGAAGUUCAGUUCCAACGUUAUCGAGAAGUGCAUCCGCUGCGCUGAGCCGCACGUCAAGGGCAUGAUGAUUGAGGAGUUGCUUGACGUCGAACAGCUUGAGCAGCUCAUGCGCGACUCUUACGGCAACUACGUUAUCCAGACUGCACUCGAGUUUGCUCCCGCCGAGCUGUGCGUGCACCUGAUCGAGGCCAUGCGUCCGAUUCUGCCAUCCAUCCGCCAGACUCCUUACGGUCGUCGCAUCAUGAGCAAGGUUAGCGAGCGCGAGAGCCGCCUGGCUGCCUACACUGGCCGUACUUCAUCUGGCCAAGGUUCACCCGGCGCUGGGCCAGGUUCUGAGUCGAGCUCGGUCUUCAACCAGGCCCCGGCACAGUACCAGCCUCCCAACGGUUCCUCUGGCUACCAGACACCCAUGUAUACUGCGACCGCAAACUAUGGUCCGAGCAUCAUUUCACCUCAACCUCACCGCCAGCCGCACCGCUUGAGCAACCCGCACCACAUGCACAACCCGGUUCAGGACAACCGUCAGGGCUACGCUGGCUACCAGCAGCAGCACCAGUACGGCAUCCCUCAGACCAACGGCGGCAACGGCAGCUGGUUCUAG